CAUUUCUUUGAAGUCAAGUCAAAGUCAACAUUUUUUUAGAAAUCAACAUUGCCGAGCCUCCUCGGCUCCGCUUAUGCCUGCUUGAUAUUGUUUAGCUCGCACCUGCCACAGCGCUUACAGCAGGCGGGAGCAGAAAGCAAAAACAGCGGUUGAAAACAGCCGCAGCAGCCUUUCAAAGCCUUCCGUUGAGACUAGUUGGACGGGGGAGAAAACGCUUGGCAGUGACAUCCCCUGGAAGAGGCGUGCGGGCUUCAGCCAAUCCACCGAGGAACUUGAAGGUGGUGUGCGGAUUUUUCCGAGCCUGGUGCCUUUGCCACAAGAGCCGAGGAGAAAGAGAGAGGAAGGCAAGAAAUCAUCCAGACUAACUGAAGGGAGAGCAUUUUCUUGCAUAAUAAUUAAGGGGUGUGUGUGUGUGAGAGAGAGAGAAGCAGCUCUUUGAAGCGCAUCUCUAAUGGACAAGGGGAGCCUUUGGGAGAUGCUGUCGUGAUUUUCGUCCCCUCUUUACAGAGAUUUUUUAAAAAAGGAACCAUCCCAGGAGCCUUCAACACAAUUCUUUGCGGGGGGGGGGGGUGUCCUUUUGGCUAUUGUUCUCAUCUUCCAUUUACGCACUGCUGUUUGCUGACCUUUCGCACCGAAGUCUCUGCUGCCACCCCCCACCCCCUUUCCCAGUUGCUCCACCUGUACAGUUCCAGGGGGAAGAGGCACGGUUUGGGGAAAACGUGCCACGAAGCCACCCUGCGUGGUACCUUCCACGAACAACGAGGGCUGAGAUUUCUUUUUCAUCAAGGCGGUAGGGCAUUGCGACCCUUCCACGGGAAAUAAAACUAGGAGCGAAAAGAGUGAAACGAAGCCCUCCGAAAACCACUAGCAAAGAAGGGAAGGGACAAACUCCCCCCCCUUUUUUCUCCCCCUUGAAAGUGUGCCAUCGCCACGUUCAGCCAAGGCGGAGAACAUCCACCCGUCUGAGAUACUCAGGAGUGGAGAUGAGAAGACGAAAAACAGUAGCAGAUAAGAAUGACUGAUGGCACCAUGACAUCCCAAAGUAGACAGUUGACAUCUGCUUUGGGCUAGCAACUCUUUCUGAGGCCCGCAUGAUGCCUGAAGACAGGAAUACGGGGGUCCGUGCCUCCUCAGGUACCCUGGCAUCUUCUCCUUUUGUUCCCAAAACUACUUACAGGAGGAUUAAGCGAUGUUUUAGCUUCCGAAAAGGAAUAUUUGGGCAGAAGCUGGAAGACAUUCGUUAUGAGAAGCGAUAUGGAAACCAUUUGGCUCCAUUGCUGGUAGAACAGUGUGUGGAUUUUAUUCGUCUGCGGGGGUUGAAGGAGGAAGGACUUUUCCGAUUGCCGGGCCAGGCUAACCUCGUCAAAGAGUUACAGGAUGCCUUUGAUUGCGGAGAGAAGCCACUGUUUGACAGAAAUACAGAUGUGCAUACAGUGGCCUCACUGUUGAAACUCUACCUCAGGGAGUUGCCAGAGCCGGUUAUCCCGUAUUCCAAAUAUGAAGAGUUUCUCUCCUGUGCCAAAAUGCUCAGCAAAGAAAAGGAAACGGGGCUGAAUGAAUUAGCAAAGCAAGUGAAGAAUUUGCCGCUCGUCAACUUUAAUUUACUCAAGUACAUUUGCAGAUUCCUGGAUGAAGUUCAGUCCUAUUCUGGAGUCAACAAAAUGAGCGUGCAAAAUCUUGCAACCGUGUUUGGCCCCAACAUCCUCCGUCCCAAAGUAGAAGAUCCUCUGACAAUCAUGGAAGGUACUGUGGUGGUUCAGCAAUUGAUGUCCAUGAUGAUAAGCGAACAUGAGCUGUUGUUUCCCAAGGAUGCAGAGUCCCAAAGUGGACAGGAGGUUUGCAAUAACAACAACGAGGUCCAAAAGAAAGUCAUCAUUGGACAACUCCAGAACAGAGAGAAUAAUAAUACCAAGGAGUCGUCCCCUGUAAGGCGAUGUUCAUGGGACAAGCCUGAAUCUCCACAAAGAACCCUGGUGGACAAUGGAUCUCCUACAGCUCAGCCCGGAAGCAAAUCCAACAGUCCAAGGAACAGCCUUCACAAACUGGACAUGACCAGGAGUCCACCCCUUACGGUGAAAAAAAACCCGGCGUUUAAUAAAGGUAGCGGCAUAGUCACCAACGGCUCCUUCAGCAGUUCUGUAGAGAGUCAGGAGAAGACAUCACCCUCUCUACCCAACGGCACUUUGCAGACCAGGAGAACAUCUUCUCUGAAAGGGCCAGUAACCAAAAUGGGCACGCACAGCGUGCCAAACGGAGGGGUGCGAAUGGGUAUCUCCAGCACUGAUGCCCACAGCAACUCUUUGAACAGCCGUUGCCAGAGCUGGAUGCCUAAUGGCUACGUGACCUUGAGAGACAACAAGCAAAAGGAGCCUAUGAGCGAUUCAGGCCAACACAACAGACUUUCCACUUACGACAACGUGCACCAACAGUUCUCGGCAGUGAACGCCGAAGAUAAGCAGAGCGUGGACAGCGCCACUUGGUCUACGUCCUCGUGCGAAAUAUCCCUCCCUGAACAUUCGAACUCCUGCCGCUCGUCCACCACCACGUGUCCCGAGCAAGACUUUUACGGGAGCAAUUUUGAAGACCCGGUUUUAGACGAGCACCAACAGGACAAUCUCCUGAACCCGGCCGAGGGUGAGAGCAAAGUCGACCGGAGAAGCAUGGGUGGGCGAAGCAGCAGGGCUACGAGCAGCAGUGACAACAGUGAAACAUUUGUGAACAACACGGGCAAUCACAGUGCUUUGCACAGCCUGGUUUCCAGCUUAAAGCAGGAAAUGACGAAACAAAAGCUGGAGUACGAAACGAGGAUAAAAAGCCUUGAGCAGCGGAAUCUCUCCCUGGAGACCGAAAUGAUGAACCUCCACGACGAACUGGAUCAAGAGAAGAAGAAGUUCACGAUGGUCGAGAUCAAAAUGCGCAAUGCCGAGCGGGCCAAAGACGACGCGGAGAAACGGAACGACAUGCUGCAGAAGGAGAUGGAGCAGUUUUUCUCCACGUUCGGGGAACUGACAGUGGAGCCGCGGAGGACAGAGCGAGGGAACACCAUAUGGAUCCAGUGAGGGCUGUUCCCGCCGCUCAACAAGACUGUGGGAUUCUGGGAAGAGGAUAGCUGUGGUAUUUUAUUGCAUUGUUUCUCAACCUUGGGGACUUGAAGGGGCGUGGCCUUCAACUCCCAGAAUUCUGGGAGUUGAAGUCCACGCCAGUGCUGUGUUCUGGAUCCCAUCACAACUGGUACACUGCGAUGGGGCUGGGCGUCCACCACGGGCACGCGCGCUACACACGCAUGCGCAUCCACCACCUGCGACACUCCAGCUGCUUGGCGGAGUGUCGCACAGGUGCCGUACACUGUAUGCGCAUGCGCAAAUAGCCCAGUUGGCUUAAAUACAGGUAAGGAACGCGGGAGGGCAAGUGGGCCCUCUAAAGCACCGUUUUGGUACAGCGUCUGCUGCUCCCAGCAGCCACCACUACGCCUGUACCGGGACGUACCGGCCGGAACCCACCACUGGUCCACGCCCUUUCAAGUCGCCAAGAUUGAGAAACGCUGUUUUAUUGUAACAGGUGACUGGUCACCUGACUGAGGCUAGCACUCAAUGUAAUGUUACGAGAUCUCCGGAGACUCUUCAUGACUGCAUCCACCCACCAUACGUCUGCAAGUUGCUCUCAG